GCUAAAGAUAUUUACAAGAUAAGACAAUGUUAUCAUGUAAAUAUUUCCAAAAAUAUCUUGAACUGAGUAAACAUAGCGAUAUCAACUAAAACGUGUCUUUUUCACUAUGACUGCACAUUUUAACUUUACGUCAGGAAUGGAUAUACAAAUGAAUAAUACUCUAAAUAAUGGAACAUCGCAUUCGUCAUCUUCUGCGCUAAAAACAGCAUCAGAUAUAAGUAUUACUGCUUCUCUUGUUGUUAUCAUGCUUGGAAUGGGAUGUACAAUAGAAAUCAAAAGUCUGGUGAAGCACAUUCGGAGACCAGUAGGAAUAUGCAUAGGAAUGUUGUCUCAGUUUGUAGUUCUUCCAGCUGUUACAUUUGGUCUUGCGCAUGCGUUACAGCUUCCCCCUCUAGCUGCCAUUGGGAUGUUGGUUGUUGGCUGCUGUCCUGGUGGUUCGACAACUAACAUAUUUAGUUACUGGACAGAUGGUGACGUUUCUUUGAGUAUAUCUAUGACAGCUGUAUCAACACUUAUGGCUAUAGGCAUGAUGCCACUGAAUUUGCUGAUCUAUAGCCGCAGUUGGACAGACACGGCUUUGGUUAUACCAUACAUCAAUAUUCUGAAAUCGUUCGGCAUGACUAUAGGUCCUGCUGUCGUUGGUAUACUUGUAAGAUGGAAGAUACCAAAACUGGCAGAUAUCCUUGUCAAAUGUGGAUCAUUUGCCGGAGCGACUAGCGUAGUUCUCGUAUUAACACUCAUGAGCCUCAGAUUCCCAUACAUGUAUUUAGCAUCGUGGAAAAUAUAUAUCGCAGCCCUUAUACUUCCGUUUGCUGGUUUCCUGUUUGGUUAUGGUGUUGCCAUGCUAUGUCGCCAGGACCCAGUCAGAUGUAGAACAAUUGCGUUAGAGACAGGGAUACAAAACUUCCCGCUUUGCAUGACAUUAUUGCUACUGACAUUCUCAAAAGAAAUAUUUGCACAAAUUUCUUUGUUUCCAUUAUUGUAUGGUGUCACGUGUAUUGUCUGUAGCCUGGCAUUUUUGGGCAUUUACAAAAUUGUGAAAAAGGUAAAGUCUUCACGAGAAAAGAAAAAUGAAUUUAUCAGAGUUUCUACUAUCGAAGACGACACAUUUAUAUAUGGUAAUAAAUAGGAUCAAUGUGAACUGGAUUAAAUAUGUUUAGCUUGGUGUUUUUUAAUGCACGCCUACGAUCCACCUACGAUAGUGACGGGCAUUAUUGUUUUUGUCUUU